UUAGUGCUCGCUCCCGCGCGUGUGUCAUUGGACGUGUGGGAGGGGGUAUCCCCGCGCGUAUGUGCGUACAGUUGGGCGAUAGGGGGUUGAGUGGCCCCAUUCUGAUACUUUAUAACCGCUUGGGUUCAAAUGCUCCAGAGCAGGCAAUUACUGCUUCAAUUGGAGCCUAGCUACUUCUUCCGGUCUUUAAAGCAAUCAGAGUUGGAUUAAGUCAUCGUGCUUCUGUCGAUUCUUUGACCAAGAUGGAUCUCCCCCAGCCACCAGCAGAUCCAGAAAGAAGAAACAUCAUUGAUAAACUGGCCCAGUUUGUGGCCAGAAAUGGUCCUGACUUUGAAGCUAUGACCAAAGCUAAGCAGAAAGACAACCCAAAGUUUAGUUUUCUGUUUGGGGGUGAAUUUUUUAACUAUUACCAAUACAAGGUCACUACUGAGCAAGCAAUUCGAAAACAGCGAGAGCUGCGAGGUGGUGGCUCCCAAGCUUCCAAUGGGGGUGGCUCCAUGCCGGGCGGCGACGGCCGCUGGGGUCCGCCCGGCCUCGGCGGCCCGCCCAGCUCACAAGGAUAUGGGCCGCCGCCGUUCCAGCCGUUCUCGGCGGCGCCGUACCAGUCGGGCCCGCCGCCGGGCCAGUACGACCAAUACGGUGGCCAGGGGUAUGGCCCUCCGCCAGCCGAGUUCAGCCAGCUGCCGCCACAGCAGGCGGCGCCGCCGACGCCGGCGCCCGCCCCUGCGCCACCGCCGGCCGCGCCACACGCUCUGCCGGCCGCCGGUGUGGAGAGCAUCACGCAACAGUUGCAACACCUGACCGACCAGAUUACACAAAGCGAGCAGAACCUCAGCGCUCAGCAGCAGGUGCUGCUGCAGCAGCAGAGCCAGCAGUCGGACGAAGCCAUCCGGCGCGCGCAGGACGAGCAGGUGAUGGAGCUGGCGCGCGAGACGGCCAUCUCGGCCGAGGAGUUUGACCAGGUGCUCGAGCCCAUCAUCAGCUCAUGCACCAAGGACGGCAUCUCGCAUGGCAAGCAGUGGAUCUUUGCCAAGGCGCAGUCGGACCGACACAGUCUGUUCUUGGCGCGCUACCUCCUCCGACGAGUGGUGGCUCCGGGCGUCUCGUUCAACCUGAAGCUGCACAUUAUCUACCUGCUAAACGACGUGCUGCACCACUGUGUCCGGAAGAACGUGAACGGCCUGCACCAGUGUCUGGAGUCGGUGGUGGUGCCCAUGUUCUGCAACACCAUGAUGGCCGCCAACCAGGAGCAGAAGGCCAAGCUCAACAAGCUGCUGACGCUGUGGGAGUCGAAGGCCAACUACUUCUCGGAGUCGGCGCUGUCGCAGCUGAAGGAGGCACCGGCCUCGUGGCAGGCGUACCAGGCCGACCUGCUGGAGCAGCACGCCGCGCAGAUCGCCGCCGUGUCGGCCGCCACCAAACAGCAGUUCGACAGUUAUAAACAGCAGCACGAGGCGUUCGUGCAGCACGCGCUGCAGCAGAUCCAGCAGCUGCAGCAGCAGCUCGAGAUGGAGCAGCAGGCGGCCGCCAUGCCGAUGGUGGACCUGAGUCGGCCGCCGCCCGGCUUCACCAACGAGCCGGCCGUCAACGACGACGACCUGGUGCCGUCCGUGCCCUACUUCGACCUGCCGGCCGGCCUAAUGGCGCCCAUGAUCCCGAUCGAGGCCAACACGUACCGGUCGCUCGACCCGGCCGCCAUCCGCCUGCCGCCGCCUGCGCCGCCGUCCGAGCGGUUGCUGGCCGCCGUCGAGGCGUUCUACGCGCCGGCCAGCCACGACCGACCGCGCAACAGGAACCUGCGGCCUGAGGACCUGCCCAACAGACGCGACCGCGACGGCUGGGAGCAGUUGGCGCUGUACGAGUUCUACAAGGCCAAGAAGGCGGCGCGCCGCCAGCUGGAGAAGGAGGUGGAGGAGGGCCAGCGGGACGAGUCGCCACCGCCCUCGCCCAUCCGCUCGCCCUCCACCUCGCGCUCGCCCACGCCCGUCAAGGAGCGUCGCUACUCCAGCGCGUCCCCAGAGCCGGAGGAGCGGUCACGGGCCCGGCGGCGCCGCUCCCGCUCCGGCUCCGGCUCCGGCUCCGGCUCCGAUUCGUCAUCCCGCAGCGGCUCGCCGGCGGCCACCGACAGGCGCAGUCCCACGCCGCCCAGCUUCGCUGGGUUCGGCGCUGGCACCCCGGCUGCCGCCACCAACACGCGCCUGGACGAGAGCAACAAGGGCCAUCAGCUACUCAAAGCCAUGGGCUGGGGUGGCGCCGGCCUCGGCAGCAAGGAGCAGGGCAUCGCCGAGCCCAUCUCCGGCGGGGAGGUGCGAGACCGCCAGGAUCAGUACAAGGGUAUCGGCGUCAACCUGCACGACCCGUACGAGAACUUCCGCAAGAGCAAGGGUCAGGCCUUCAUCUCGCGCAUGAAAGAGCGUCAGGAGGAGAUGUUGCUGCCUGUGCCACCGAAGACGACCUAGGCUACGGGCUGAACCCCCGGCACGUUACGGCACCCAUCUCCGCUACCGCCCGGAGGCGUUGACACCGCCCAUGCCGAGGAAGUGUUGAACGGAGUGGCACGACGGCUGCCCUUGUUUCUGGCGCGGUCCGGUGAUCUCGGCGUCGCCCAUGCUGGAACCGCUGCUGGGACUGACGGUCAUGGCUGCGGCAUCUGAGAGCGCCUUUUUAGAUUAGCGGCCAACGUGAUUGAUUUCCAGGCGCCUGCUGCGCCGGGCACGAACUGAGUGGUGAUAUGGAUUAAAACCACGUGUGACGCAGCGCGGCUUCUGCUGCAUUGGAUCGAUGUCCGAUGUAAUACAUCAUCAUUGCAGAACCCAG